AUGGGAGUGCUGCCCCCGCCUCGUGUAACACCGUUUCGGCCAUUCUCAAAUUGCGGAGUUGAUUACGCGGGCCCGCUUAUCGUGCGAGAAGGCAAGCAUCGAAAUGCUCGUAAUAGCAAGGCAUACGUUUGCGUCUUUGUGUGCCUCGCCACAAAGGCAGUACACUUAGAAGUAGUCAGCGAUUUAACGACCGAAGCAUUUCUGGCUGCCUUCAAGCGCUUUAUUUCGCGUCGAGGAAGCCCGGCUUCCAUGCAUUCCGACAACGGUACUAAUUUCAAGGGCGCCUCCCGCCAACUGUCGGAAUUGUAUGAAUUCUAUAGGUCAGAUAAAAAUCAAGACAAAAUAAAACAAUUUUGCUGCGAUCUAAGGAUAUCUUGGCAAUUCAUACCGCCCGGAGCCCCGCACUUCGGCGGGUUAUGGGAGGCCGCGGUAAAGUCCGCGAAAUAUCAUUUGCAGCGUAUCGCGGGCGACUCGCAUCUCACUUUCGAGGAAUUGCAAACGACACUGUGCGAAAUAGAGGCAAUACUCAAUUCGCGUCCGUUAACACCGCUGAGCUCUGAUCCGAACGACUUAUCGUAUAUUACGCCGGGACAUUUUUUAAUUGGCGAUGUCUUGAACGGUUUUCCUUGCCGAGAUUUGACCGACAUCAACGAAAACAGAUUGGUGCGCUGGCAAAGAAUCGAACAGCUCCGCCAGCACUUUUGGAGUCGCUGGAGCCGCGAAUACUUGAAUCAGUUACAGCAGCGGCAUAAAUGGGCUACCAGCAAGGGCGAGCAACUGAAGGUCGGGCAGAUGGUGCUAAUCAUACAACCUGGUGUGCCGCCUCUGCAAUGGAUUUUGGGCCGCGUCACUGAGACGCAUCCUGGUUCCGACGGCAUCGCUCGAUCGGCAACGGUGGCCACAACCAAGGGAUCAAUUGUCCGGCCGCUGGCCAGACUAGCGAUCUUGCCGCUAGAAAAUUCGAGUCAAUAA